GUAUUUUUGGUUCAUGGUAUCCCAUUUCUACACUACACUGGAAUAAAAACAUUGCAAUCAGCUGAUUAUGAUUAUGGAUGGUGAAGGAAAGUAUCCGUAAACGUUACCAAGUGGCCGCUACGGUUGAACAUGGACGGAUUCAGUUUUCCAGAACUUUUGUCAUAUCAAGCUGCUAACACUAGAGUUGUGACCUAUGGAAAUGAGUUUCAAUUUAUGUUAGCUAUUAAAAAUGAUGAAAAUUUCCCACUAAGACGUCGUAUGUCCGCAGCAUGGCUUAGCGCACUAAAAGCCAAAUGUGCAUUAAGUACUAACGAUAAAGAGAAUGCAGCUCGAAAUGCAACUCGUCUGCGCGAAGAAGGGAAUGUCCUGUAUAGCUCAAAAACUGAUUACAAUAAGGGAGAUAUGAUCACCGCUGGACAACGGUAUACACAAGCUAUUUUCGCUGCCGUAGCCAAUACAGAACCUUUGGCGCUAGCUUAUGCUAACCGGGCAAUGGCCUUGCAAGAAUUGAAAUACUACCAGCAAGCAUAUGAUGAUUGUUGUUGUGUACUUGAGACAAACAUGUAUCCACCGCGUUUAUUGCACAAAAUUAUAGCACGUCAGGCGUUUUGCGCAUUGUAUUUAAAGGAUGCAAUGAAAUUGGAGGCGCAUUUGCAAGAACUAAAAGACUGGAAUUUAAAUGAGAGCUUCACUAUGAGAGUACAAGAGCUGCAUGCAGGACUGGAAAUAUUAAAUAAUAAUGAAAGGCAAAAGCAAACCGAGUUUGGAAAGGAAUAUAGAAAAGAAGUAUCGAUGACAGAAGCAACAAGGAUCAUUGAUACAAAAAGCACUACCCGCGGACGCUACAUGAUUGCAACGAGGGAGAUAAAAUCUGGGGAAGUGAUUUUCAGUGAAACAGCAAGCUCUUUUGUGCCUGUCGGUGGUUGUCAAAUGUGUCAAGAAUGCGGUGCUAUGUUAAUGAUUCCCUUUCCUUGCCACGGCUGUAAUGGGAAAGUUAUUUACUGCUCAUUAGCCUGCCGAAAAGGACAUUUCAAAGUGCAUCAAAAUGAAUGCAUUGGACAUUUAAUAGGCUUGUUUGCGCAAAUCGGCAUUUCACACCUGGCGCUAAGAGUAGUACUGGAAGAGCUGCCAGCAAUUGUUCCGAUUGUAGAGCAUAAAAAGGAUCCCACAGAACUAUGGCUUGAUUUGACAUCACCAAAAGGACUGCUGCAUACUAGACCGGGUGUAAAUUAUGCACAAACGCUAUGCAUGGUUACCCAUUUGGCCAAAAUGUCUUUAUCAGAUAUAAUAUGGUUUGCUUUAGUAGCUGAACUGUUAAUUGUGUAUCUCAAAGACCAUACACAUUUUUUUAAAAGUAUGAAGAGCACUAAUCUCAAGCAAACCGACUGGGAGUUAAUCACAAGUGCUCUGAUACUUCGCCACAUCGGUCAAUUUAUUGUAAAUGCACAUACAUGCGUUUCGAUUACACCAUCUUGCUAUGAUGUAUCAUCAGCAGGUAACCUUGUUGGGCUUCUGUUGGUACCUAACGUAUGGGCAAAGCCUUUUCAUCUGCGUCGCGGCUUGUUGCAUAUGUUCAGCGAAUUCCGAGAGGUUUCUGCUGCCAACCUCUCAUAUCUUAGCAUAUGUAAUCAUGCUUGUGCUCCUACCUUGUGUCCGAAAUUCUCUGGAAGGAAUUUCUACGCAUUGGCUGUAAAAGACAUAGAAACCGGAGCAGAAAUAUUUAAUUGCUACACUCUGAAUCACCGAAAGUCGCUAAGAACUUUCCGCCAGAGCUACCUAAAAGAUACUUAUCACUUUGACUGUAUCUGUGCGCAAUGCCAAAAAAAAAAUCCUGACUCGGCCUACUUGAAGUAUCAUUUAUACAAAUGCCAAAAUCCAAAGUGCCAAAAAGAAUUCGUACCAGAUGUAGAUAAUAGCUCGAACCUCAUUUGGUGGCUAACGGUAUAUGAAAACCAAGUCCCUUUGGAAGGAGUAGCUUGCACCAAAUGCAAAAAGAAAUCGGAUAUUGAAUGGUUUAGAGAAUUUAAAGAAUUACUAAAACAAACAAACAGUGUCAAAAAGCGGGUCAAACUUUUACGUAUUUUCAAAACUGUUGAUGAUUUCCUUUUGGGGUUUCAUUCCUUAAAGUUAACGUUGGCAUCGGAGUUGGUAAACGCAUGUAUUAUCUCAUAUACAGCUGGUUGUGAAUUUAUUGAUGAAGAGUUGAAUGAAAUUGUACGCAUUUUAAAAUUUUGUCUGGAGGGCACUGCCGAUCAAUGUGGUUUACAGUCCAUUGAGUAUGUGGCUACUAUGACAUAUAUGUGGGAUUUAAUUGCAAUCGAAAAAUGCCAAUGUACGCAGUUGGAAAAAAAUUCGAUGCUUAAAGCACUUGACAUAAUAUCUGAUGAAUAUAGAAUUGUGUUUAUAAAUUAUUAUAAAGACUACAUUGAUAAGAAAUAAAAUUAAUCGCCCUUAUGUCAGAA